AUGCAUCACGUUUCCUGGACGGAGUUCCUGAGGGAGGGCCCGAACGGAGAGGGGAAGAGAAGCAGGCAUGGGAAAGUUCUCCCCACUUUUUCCGAUUACAGCGGAUCUUUAUAAAGAAGGCAACAGCACAUUUCAAGCUGCGUAACAUCAGCAGUACACAGCAGAGGGACCCGGAACCGGUGAGGAGACACAAGGCGCUUUAAGAGAGAGAAAGGAGCAGAGGAUGUCCAGAGCUGACUGGUCCUUCCUGGAACACCUGCUAGAGGAGGGCCAAGAGUACUCAACUGCUAUUGGCCGGAUCUGGCUCACCGUACUCUUCCUGUUUCGCAUUCUGGUCCUGGGAACAGCUGCUGAGUCGGCGUGGGAUGACGAGCAAGCCGAUUUUGUCUGCAACACGAAGCAGCCCGGUUGCACUUCCGUGUGCUACGACAAAGCCUUCCCCAUAUCCCACUUCCGCUACUUUGUCCUCCAGGUCAUCUUCGUCUCGACUCCUUCCAUCUUCUAUUAUGGAUACGUGGCCAUCAGAGGUGGGAAGGACCCAAAAGAGGGCAAAGGUGAAAGUGGGAGUAAAAAAUGUGAAACAGCGAAAGAAAGGGAGGAUACCAGCGUGACUAAAGAGACUGCAGAGCAGAAAGAGAAAGAAAACAGUUGUGGGAAAGGGAUAGCGCCUAAAAAGGCAUCUAGUGAAGCUCCGAAACUGAAAGGGAGGCUUCUGAGGGCAUAUGCGUUCAGCAUCCUCCUAAAGGUCCUCUUGGAGGCGGGAUUUAUCGCCGGACUUUGGUUCCUUUAUGACGGCUUCUUCAUUGCAGCCAAGUUUGAGUGCACGAGAUUCCCGUGUCCUCAUACGGUGGACUGCUUUGUCUCUCGGCCCACGGAGAAGACCAUCUUCACUGUCUACUCUCAGGUGAUAGCCGGCAUCUCCCUUUUGCUCAACCUGAUUGAACUCAUCCAUCUAUUGAUCCUAGCCUUUUCCUAUCGCCUGGAGAAGUGGGAUGAGGACUGCCUACCUCUAAGAGAGCAGGUACAAGUAACUCCAGCACUACAAAUGGAGACGCCCCAGGUUUAUAACACCAGCAGGGACAUCAGCAUCCCCACACAGGGUAGGGAGGCUAAAUUACCGGGCAACCCCUGCGAAAGCUACGCCGAAACGGUAAUAGAAGUUAACUGGGAUGCAGGAGAGACCGGGGAUAACUUGCUUCCAAGCUACAUGAACUGCAUGAAAUCCACUGGAAAAGCAAGCUCCAAAAGAUGCAGUCAUUCGAAACAUUCAGAUCAAACAGGGACGGAUAUGAAAGGUGCCCAUAAGGGACAUGCAAAAAAACAGAAACAAUAUGUUUGAUGGUAGCUCGGUGUACUUUUUUUCCCUUUGGUUGUUGACGUUUCUGCACAUGACACUUAACAAACAGGAGUGCACAGUUUGAAGGAAAGCAGUAUAACAACCACUGCACUGUGAACUCCAUGCCUCAGAGGCACAAAUAUUUGCAGUUUUUUUUUUUGAUAAACAAAUCUAUUCAAAAUGAAGCAUUUUGAGAACACUGCCAAAGGCGAAAUAAAAAUGUGACUUCAUAAUGAGAUUUAAGUCAUAAGAUGCCUUCCUGCUAGGUUUAAUAGCAAAGUGAUGUGGAAAAAACAAGCCGAGGGGUCUGGCAAAGGGAGCUACUAAGUGUUUAUGCAAGGAAAUUUAGAUUUAAACGUACUCUUCUGAGAUUUGCACUGAAACCCCAAGAGUCUUCUGGAACUUUGCUCUCUCCUAAUGGAUUUGUGCUCUCUGUGGAAUGCACUGGUCUCUGGACCCUGCUCGGCUCCCAGAAGGAUAAUUGCGGCAUGGAUGAAGGCACGCAUGCAUGCACGCACACAAUAUGCUCGUCUGCUUUCGCCCAGUGAGUUCCGGUCAAUCAAAAGUUGGAGAUGUGGCCUUGGAAGGCGAGGGGGUUUCAGGGAGGAAGUGGGAAGAGAAGCCAAAAGAUUGGGAUUUGUGGGAUGGAGCAACAGUAAUGGUGAUCAUAGCAUUUCAGCUAUGAAGAGACUGGAGGAAGUGACCGCGUUGCAUGUGAUAGCAUUAAUGUGAACCUACAGCUGGAAACUUCAAUAAGCAAUAGCUGCAGAGCCGUCCAGAAAUACACCUCUUCGCAAUUUGUUGUUCAACAACCACAAACGUCAAUGUUGGGAUUUUAUUGAUUUGACAUAUAUAUAUAUAUAUAUAUAUAUAUAUACAUAAAAAAAAAAUGAUGCAGUUUUGAGUACCCUGAACACAGAAUCCCCAUAGUAAAACAAGGUGGCGGUAGUGUCAUGCUUUUUAAGUGUCUUACAAGUUUUUCUCGAGGAUUUCAAUGUGUUUCGCACCAUCUGUCAGAAAAGCACUCCCACAGCAUAAGGCUACCAACACCAUGUGUCAAAAUGUGGUGUGUUCGGGGUAAUAAAAACCACAUAUCCUUCUUUUUGUUAACAUCACAUUCAUGCACUCAUAUGUAGGUCUGUCUCAUUUAAUCCCAAUAAAAUACACUGAGGCUUGGGGUUGCAGAGCAAUACAAUGCCAAAAAGGUUUUUUUUUCUUUACUUUUGUUCUGUGGAACUCAAAUCCAGUAAUUGCCCAUUGAAUGGACAUAAAGCGGUACAGAAAUGUACAAAUUCAAUGAAAGAGAUUGGUUGAAUUAUUUGGACAAAUGUAUUUAAAUGUAAUUUUUAUAGUGUUGUAAAGUAAUCCUGGUCAUAUUUAUUAUUGUUUG